AUGUAUGUGGAGUACUGUGAGAACUUCAACCUUUGUUACAGUGAGAACGUGUUAAUUGUGGAUCACACAAGCAUGAGGAUUCUGUCAUCCUGCUGCAAGAUGUCGGACAUAAUGGCAGAAGGAAUUACAAUUGUAGAAGACAUCACUAAAAGGCGUGAACCAAUCCCCAGUUUGGAGGCUAUCUAUCUAAUCUCACCCACUGAAAAGUCUGUGAGAGCAUUGAUAAAUGACUUCAGAGAAGUACCCACCUUCACCUACAAAGCCGCACAUGUGUUCUUCACUGACAGUUGUCCUGAUGCACUCUUUGCUGAAGUGGGAAGAUCAAAAGUCACAAAAGUCAUUAAAACGUUGAAGGAAAUUAAUGUGGCCUUCAUCCCUUAUGAGUCACAGGUGUACUCACUGGAUGCUCCUGAGACUUUCCACUGUUUCUUCAGCUCCCACAGGUCAUCAGAGAAGGGCAAAAUGAUGGAGAUUCUGGCGGAACAAAUAGCUACAUUGUGUGCCACUGUAAAAGAGUACCCUGCUGUUAGAUAUAGAAAGGCUUCUGAAGACACCUGCACUUUGGCACAAUUGGUUCAUGAGAAACUGAUUGCUCAUAAAGCUGACAACCCCCGUAUGGGUGAGGUGAGUAUUACUCACAUUUAUCUUACUUUUGCAGGUUUUUUUUUUGACAAAACAUAUCAAGUUUAUUGUAUGAUUAAAGCAGAUGUAACUGUCAUUCAUAGUAUCUGUAAAAAGCUGUAUGAAGCUUGCAAGUAUUUUUUUUCCAGUGAAGAUGCAAUACAUAGGAACAAUAAAACAUUUAAUUUAACUAAGAAAAAAAUUGAUUUAAUGCAGGAGUUAAGGCAAGACGAAACUUUACGAUUUACGAAACCUGACAAGGGUGAGGGUAUAGUCAUCUUUAACAAGAUUGACUAUGUUAACUCAUUGUCAGAUGCUCUUUCUGAUAGCACUAACUAUUUGACAUCCUCUAAGAAUGAAGUGCUUAUUACGUAUAACAAGAUUCAACUUUUACUUGAAGAUGCACGCCUUCAAGGAGUUAUUUCUGAAGAGCUUUUCAUUUUUUUAAAGUCUCCUGACUCCCAACCUCCUGCAGCUAAACGACCAGACAGAUUUUAUAAGGUCCCCCAGGACAUUCAGUUUCUUUACAAGAACCCUCCUGCUGACCAAGCUGUUAUAGCUGUUUCUGCAAACAAGACCUCCAGACAGCUUCCUCCUUCUGCUCUUUAUCCAGCUGAUAAAGACAGCAAAUUUAUGGACAGGACAGGUAAAAAGGUCUACACAUCUUACACUCUGGCCAUUAGAGCCCUGAACUACCAAACCCACAUGGCAAGAUAUGAAACACCAGGGAUUGGAGACUCAAAAGAGAAGGAGGUUCUGCUGGAUGAAGAUGAUGACUUAUGGACGCAGUUGCGUCAUAUGCAUAUUGCAGAUGUCACAAAGAAAGUGACAGAACUGCUGAAGAACUUCUGUGAAAGUAAGCGGAUGACAACUGAUAAGGCUAACAUCAAAGACCUUUCUCAGAUCUUAAAGAAGAUGCCACAGUACCAGAAAGAACUCAGCAAGUACUCCACACAUCUCCAUUUGGCAGAGGACUGUAUGAAGGUCUUCAAAGCUACAGUUGAAAAGCUUUGUGCUGUUGAGCAGGAUCUUGCUAUGGGGACAGAUGUUGAAGGAGAGAAAAUAAAGGACCCAAUGAAACUCAUUGUCCCUGUACUUUUGGAUUCAGCUGUCAGUCCUUAUAACAAAAUUCGGAUUAUUCUUCUCUACAUUUAUUACAUGAACGGUAUAAAAGAGGAAAGUCUGUCCAAGCUUAUCCAACAUGCCAACAUCCAGAAUGACAGCAACAUCAUCAAGAAUUUACAGAACUUGGGCUUUCCUGUUAUACAUGGGUCUUUAGGUGGUUACAGUAAACCAGAAAGGAAGGCUCGUGUACAGGAGACAUAUCAACUAUCCCGAUGGACCCCGAUUCUGAAAGAUGUUAUUGAGGAUGCUAUAGAAGAUAAGCUGGACAGGAAGCUUUGGCCGUUUAUUUCUGAAAAUGUAACCACAGUAAAUGCUGCUCCAGCUGUAAGUGCUCGCUUUGGAAACUGGCACAAACCCAAGACUGCAGCUGAGUACAGAACAGGUCCUCGGUUAAUUUUGUUUAUAAUUGGUGGAAUGACAUUCUCAGAAGUAAGAUGCUCUUAUGAAGUCACCAAGGCAACUGAUGGCAAGUGGGAGGUGUUGAUUGGUUCGUCUCAUGUCAUAACUCCAGACAGCUUCUUGGAUGACCUGAAGAAACUGGAUCAGCCUUUGCAGUAGAUCAUGAAGUAGGAAUCUGAAUUCAUGCUGAACAGAGAAGGGUGGACUAUCAGCCAUUGUUGUCUCUGAAAUCAGGGUUCCUUGUCCUACCAACUAAGCUUUGACUUGGAAUCACUCACUCUGCCAGACUAUUGAUUCUGGACUAUUUGAACUGCUGCACAAAAUGGCCGCACAUGCUUUAUAUGUGUUUCACUCUUGUUUUAAAUCUCGGCCUUGGAACCACUGAAUCUGAAUGAAGUGUGAUGUGUUUUGUUUCAUUUAAAUCAUGGAGUGUUAGAAGUGUAAAUCCUCCUUUAGAGGUGCUACAUUUCUUCUCUUAAAUUAAUUUCAUAAGCACUUCACUGUAGUCUAUUGGUAAGAUUUGUUUGCAGCUGGGGAUGCAGCAAUUCUGAGAAUGAUGUGUUAGUAUGUAUUGGAGAUGAUACAGCCCCACUCGUGUCUUUCACUAUUGUAUCACAGCAUCCCUGAUCAUCUUCUCAUCCUGUUGUAAACAAAGAUUAUUGUGUGUAACUUUGCUGAUCUUUUAAACGUUUCCCCACCAGAAACAUUGUUACAGCAAACAAAUAGGUAUUUGAUAAGAUGUAUGGCUAUUGGAAAGAAAAACUGAGAAUCUCAGGAUCAAGCUAGCAGGAUUGUAUGGUUGAAAGGCUACUUUUUUGUGCAUUAUUUGUAAUAAACCAGAGGUUGCUCAAAAGCACAACCAUAGAUGGUGUAUGCUGAAGAGUUUAUUUUAAUAACUUAUGUAUGCUUUGUGCACCAGGCCUCCCUAAUGUAACGCUUGUGUAGACUGCCAGUAAUGUACUUUAGUAUUGUUAUUAUGGUUUGUUUUAGUCUGCCUCGCAACUCUGGACUUAAGCAAGCACAAUACAUUUGGUAUUGCAUAAUUUAGAUUUUUUGCUUCAACAACAAAGACUGAAAUGUAUUGCUGGUUUGUAGCUACUCAGUAUUCAGUCCUUUGCACACUAUAAUUUUCCCAGAUAUUUUGUAGCUGUUCUUGUAUUUUUGAGAAAUCCACACUCCAAGUUGUCCUACCUAGGCAGGUAUCAAACAGAGAAGAGAAAUUAAAAAAAUGUAUCCAUCUUUUAUCAUUUUGUUAGCAUUUAUUGAGACUCAGAUUCUGGAAAGUUCCAGUAAGUGAUUGAUGUCACGGACAGUGUAUGCUCAUUCAAGAUUGCAUGUUUACAGCUUUUCUGUCUUGCUUGCUUCUUUUGCAACAGGCAUUUCUUUGCUGUAGUAGCAUUACAUUAUCAGGGUAAAACAAAAGUUCAAGUCUUAUCUUUUUCCAUUAUCGCACAAUUUCACGCAUGGUCAUACAUUUGAAGAGUAACAGCUGAAGUAUUUCUAAUUCUACUACAUGACCACCACUACUAACUUAUUUUCCGAGCAUGAUUUAUUUAUCGUUGUAACCAAAAAUACAUUUUAGUCUUCCUCUAAGGUCUUCCUUGUUAUCCUUUGAAAGCUUUUUAACAGUACUGGAUGUGGCAGCCUGUUUCUGGAAGCCCUUUAUGGAUUAAAUAAAAUCAAGAACUUUUUUCCAUAGGUAGUUUUGCAAUGAGUUAAAAGCAGAUAAGUGCAAGUGCAUGAACAUUGUAGUGAGAGAAGGAACACUGAAGGCAAGACUCGUAUAGGAUUUUUUUUUUGUUUUCCCCUGCAGGGUAGGUUUAAAUUCUUUUGGCUAUAUCAUAUAUAUUUGGAUUUAUUUACAACAGGUGUCCCGUAUUAUUUCUGUCAUGUAUAGACUACACCUGCUUUAUUACCAUUGGUUACAUUCCAGUUGCUAUUUUAUAAUGCUGUAUCAUUUUCACUGUUGUUCAUUUAUCAUUGCUAUGCCAAGCACAUUUUCUAGAAUGACUCUGAGAAAGUAAUAUGCCAUAGACCCCUUGACAAGUCUGUUCCCUUUUAAAUAAGUGUGACAGGUGGUAACAAAGCCAUUAGUCUGCUCAUUGUAACACUGAAAUACAAGGCACCAUUGCUUAUUGUCCAAAUGGCAGAGUUUAUACACAUUCCAGUUUAGUAGUAUUGUACGUGGCUUACAUUCCUUAAGAUUUUCUAAUUUGAUAUUAGUAGUCCAUUCAUCUUUGUGUGCCAUUAUAGCAGUAAUGUGCCUUGCUCUUUCUUGAGAAGAAGCAAGAGUUUAGUUACAUGAAACAUCAUAAAGCAAGUAAAAUUAAUAGAACAUUGUUGGUUCAGAGAGAUACAAAAUUGUUGGUUUAUAACUGAGAUGAAUGUUCCAUUGUUUUCCACUUUUACAUGCUCUUAAUUUUGAAUCCAGUGAGGUCUAAUAAGCUUAUAAACUUGAAGCAUUGUUAUUGCCUUAAAUGCAAAAAAAAAAAUGAAAAUGAUUGCAGUUGUAGUUCAAGAAAUGAAAUAUUUGGGGAAGUGAAAUAUUUCCAGCUUCCCACAACAUUGAGUCACAACAGCUUUGUGAUUUUAGAUGUUUGUGCUCUUAAUUUUACAAAGACUGUUGGAUAAUGUAAUAUACUUUAUUUGACACACUUUUAUCACUCCGACAGCUAAUUUAGCAUGUUAACGUUCACAGUUUUAUAGCUCCCACAAAUGCAGUAAAGCUUUGAACCAAAGAACUAUUUUAGAUUAUCAUAUAGGCCUUUGUGUUGUCUUUUGUAUUCUAGGAGCAUCACACCAUUAAAAGGUGCAAAACUGUGCAAGUACUCUGGUUUGCCAAGAUUAAACACAUACACUUUUAAGCUCUUAAUAUUUAUUUAACUUUAAUGUCAGAAGAAUUUGGGUCUGGCUACCGCAACCUUUGUACAAUGUGACAUUUCAGCUAUUUGUAUUUUGGUGCCAAGGCUUUUCAGCUGCUGCUACUACUACUUUUUACACUGUAGAACAUCUUUCCAUCCAUUCUGAUGUGUGCUGUUUAGAAAUAAUUAUUGGGUGUGAUCUGCAGUUGUGUGAUGUGCAGUGUUCUGGUUAGUGGUAAUGUUGACCAGAAUAGGCAUGUAUAUACUGAGUACAACCUGAGAAACUGCAUUGAUAAAAUAUUGAUUAUUUUUGACUGUGAAGAAGUAUAGAACUGCCAGAAACUACACCGAAGGAUCUGUAUUUUUUGAAGAAAUAAGGAUCUAUCUAACAUAAAAUGUACCUAGAAAAAGCUAAUAUUCUUUACUGGAAAAUAUAAAGAUAUGUUGCCUGUCUAAAUAAAAAGAUGAUUUAUGGAAAA